AUGUUUCAGCCGACGAACGGCGGCAGCGGGGUUGGCAUUGACGGCGGCGGAGUUGGAUAUAGCAAUGGCAAUCAUCAUGGAGGAGGUAGCGGCGAUGUUUACGGUAACGUGACAGGGCCUCGACCCCGGAGAAGUAGGCCCGGCAGGUCGCGUGACUAUGGCAGCGGUUCUGAUGCUAGGGUUCCGCAUCAACAGCAACAGGAGAAAGAAAAAGCUUCCCCUCCCUGUACGAAUUACGAUGUGGCGUAUUUUCACUCCUACGCUCACCUCGGCAUUCACGAAGAGAUGAUCAAGGAUCGUGUGCGUACGGAAACUUACAGAGAUGCCAUUUUCCAGCACCAAGAACAGAUUGCAGGAAAAGUUGUAGUUGAUGUUGGUUGUGGCACUGGCAUCCUCUCAAUAUUUUGUGCACGGGCUGGAGCCCGAAGGGUGUAUGCGGUGGAUGCCAGUGAUAUAGCAGUUCAGGCAAAUGAAGUGAUCAAGGCAAACAACUUAUCCGAGACAAUCAUUGUAUUGCAUGGGCGAGUUGAGGAUGUUGAAAUCGAAGAAAAAGUUGAUGUUAUAGUUUCUGAAUGGAUGGGUUACAUGCUUCUUUAUGAGAGCAUGCUGGGGAGUGUUAUUACUGCUAGAGACCGGUGGUUGAAACCUGGUGGUCUUAUGCUUCCAUCUUUUGCCACAUUGUACAUGGCCCCUGUUUCUCAUCCGGACCGAUAUACCGAAAGCAUUGACUUUUGGCAUAACGUGUACGAAAUUGAUAGUAAGUAUUUCUCAGUUUCUGUAAAGCAUGUCGAUUGUUGUGCUGUUACAAUUGAAGAGUUGCAGUCUGUUUCGACAAGAUUCAAGUUUCAAUCCAUGAUGAGAGCACCAUUCCAUGGGUUUGCAUUCUGGUUCGAUGUGGAGUUUGGUGGGCCGACUGUCGGUGUUGAUAAUCAUGUUACAGAUGGCAGUCAGAGGAAGAAACGUCCCAAUCCAAAUGACGCCCUUGUGCUAUCUACAGCACCGGAGAACCCUCCAACACAUUGGCAACAGACACUAAUAUACUUCUAUGAGCCAAUAGAGGUGGAGCAAGACCAGGUGAUUGAAGGCUCUGUGACACUGUCGCAAAGCAAGGAAAAUCCUCGCUUCAUGAAUAUACAUCUUGAAUAUGCAUCCGGGGGUCGCUCUUUCAUCAAGGAAUCCGUAAUGCGAUGA